AUGAUCAAUAGGCAGGGCCAGACAAGGCUGAGUCGGUACUACAAGGACCUGUCUGUUGCCGAAAAAUGCGCGCUCGAAGGGGAGAUCAUCCGCAAGUGUAUCUGCCGUGACGAAACGCAGUCCUCGUUCAUGCAGAUUCGCCAGCAUAAGAUCGUAUAUCGCAGGUACGCCAGCCUCUACAUCGUCAUAGGUGCGACGGAGAGCGAGAACGAGCUCGCCCUGCUCGAGCUCAUCCACCACCUGGUGGAGACCAUGGAUUCGUACUUCGAGUCGGUGUGCGAGCUGGACAUCAUGUUUAACCUCGAGAAGGCGCAUUACAUCCUGAACGAGAUGAUCGCCAACGGCAGGAUCGUUGACGCCAACCGCUCGCACAUCCUGCAGCCCAUGCAUAUGCUGGACAAAGCUCCGCAAAGCGGCUUGUAA